AUGUCGUUCUCCGGCGACUCGUUCCACAUCGAACUCUACCCAUCCAACCAACCUCUGCUCCAGGUGAGGGGCACAGCUUUCUCAAUCUCAGGUCGCAAGUCAGUCCAAGACAUGUCGGGUAGACACCUCUUCACGAUCCGCAAGCAGACAUUCUCCUUCCCGUCCACGUAUUAUGCCGAGGACCCUGAGGGAAAGCGCUUCUUCGAAGUACAAGGCAAAUGGUCCUUCGGGAGUUCCAAGGCGGUGGGUGUCUUCACCUACAAGGAUCAGCAGACAGGGCAAGCGAAGGAAGGCCGUCUCGCCAUGAAAGGGGACUUCUUCGAUCGCAGGGCAGAGAUCACCGAUGAGCAUACGGGCCAGCCGGUCGCGUUGAUCGAUCGGAAGUUCUUCAAUGCGCGUGAGUUGUUGGGUGGUCAGCAGACGUAUGUUGUGACAGUGGCUGCCGGAAUGGACAUGGCCAUCAUUUGUGCGAUGUGUAUUUGUCUGGACGAGCGGAGGAACGAGAAGUAG